AUGGUAUCUGACGAGACAUACGAGAUCUGCCUUCCGGUCCUCCAAGACUCGAGUAUCGAGGAGGAAGACAAGACGGACAGGCUGGAGGAGCUGCUGAGGAAAGAAACAAGCCUGACUGGUCAGGCCCUCGAAAAUGCAGUCCCGAACCUUAAUGCUUACGAGUUCGCGAGCGACAACACUCCGUCGCAGGAGAUUUUUGGUGAUUUGCAGUCGGACAAUGUGGACUGGCUCGUGAGUGAUGAUGCAAUCAGCAUCUCCUCGUCUGUCGGCACGCCUAGCGGCCUGAAUGCUGCGGCGCCAGAGUUCUCCUCGUCGCAGCAAACGGACAUGACCCCGUAUGACAUGCUUCGCUCGAUUCUAGGCCAGUCGAGAACCGAUGAGGAGAUAGAUGCCGCACUGGCUAUGCAUGGCUAUGAUCUCGGUGCCACUAUCAGCUCUAUCAUGGAGAGUCAAAUGCCGGACCCCGCUGCCAUAGCUCUUCAGCUCGAGGAGCAAAACAUUCUCAUUGGCAAGUCCAUGACUCCUGAACUUCGACCAUCGACACCGGCAGACCAGAAAUCUGGCGUGAUUUCGCCUGCGAAAUCUGGCAAGAAGCAUCAUGGAAAGAGAGGUGGUCACGGCCACGGUCCGAAAGAAACCUUCACCCCAAGCUCAUUAGCAGAUAUCGUGAAGAUGUCACCGUCUCCUGGGCCGGGAUCAUCUCGCCAAGAGACUAGGAAGCUCGGGCGAAAUGGAAGCUCCACGAGUGUUCGGAACGGCGAGAACAGUGCUGCUGCCCAGGCGAUUCCGAACCCGAAGCACAUCCCAUGGCUCGAAACUGGUGAUAAGGCCAAUAAGGCGUAUCUUAAGUCCCGUCAGGAAGCUAUCAAGCAUGGCGGGCUUAGGAAUAAAUUUCUACAGAGUGCGGCACAAGCUUGGAACCGCAAUGAUGCCCGUGCGGCCAAGGCACUGAGUCUACGUGGCCAGAGCGAGAACGAUCUUAUGAGGAAGGCACAUCGCGAAGCAGCAAAGGAGCUAUAUGAAGAGCGUAACAAGAACAGCUUGUCAAGUCCAGAGAUAUAUAUAGAUCUUCAUGGUCUUCACCCUGAGGAGGCAGUUGAGUACCUUGAGCGAGUGCUUUUGGAGAACAGCAAGGAGAACAGACCCAUAUAUGCCAUCACAGGCACUGGCCAUCAUAGCAAGAACGGCAAGGACAAGGUGGGCAAGGCGUUGCGGAAUUUUCUCAACGAGUGGCGGUAUGCGUACCGCGAAUUCUCCGUUCCGGGAGAUCGCAACAACAUGGGUGGGAUCCUCGGCAUAGACGCUCGGAGCUGGGACAAGUCGCUGACUAGAGAUGGCGCGAAGAAGUUAGAGGAGCCGAAGGAAGAGGUCGAUAUUCUCGACCAGGGCGUCGAGAUAGGGGAAGGCAAGGUGAGGCUUUUGGUAAGGGACACCACGGCUGGUAAGGAGCCGCCCAAGGGACCCUCAGGGAAUCGAGGUCGAUGA